ACCAACGAACCCACAGCUCCCAAAUCCGCACACGUCUCCGACCCAACCCUCAAACCAUUCCUACAAUCCACCUUCGACCCCGCCGAUUACCUCAAUGCCACGCUUCCUUCUCUCGCACUCUCCUCCGUCUCCUCCAGACCGCUGAAGCAAAGCAAUGCCGUUCCUCUAAGUGAACUCUCCUCCCAAACCCAGGACCUCGUCUCCCAGCUCAACGCACAUACAACGAGAUUAUCCGCCAUCCUCACCCAACUGACCGAUGACAUCCUACGGAGUGGAGGCCGUCUGGCAUACGAAGUGGAACUCCUACGCGGCGAAACCAUCGGACUUACAGAAACACUUUCCGACGGUCUAAAAGACGACAUAUCCAAAUUCCUCCCAGGCGGCCUGUCAACAGCUCCACCUGCAAACCAGUCCAAUGAAGAACCCACACGACCCUCCACCGAACCUUCAACAACACAAAACCCGGCCUCAAAACCCACCACAACAUCUACCCCCACACCCACCCCUACUACCACCACCAACCCAUCCGACCCCACAUCCCCCCUCCGCACCCUAACCCUCAUCCGCACCCGCCUCGACUCCGUCAUCAAAAUCUUCGGCGAAGCAAUGCACUGGACCCUACCCCCCUCAGACCUCUCCACCUCCUCACUCGCCUCCUCCCUCAUCUCCGUCUCUUCUCCCUCAAACAACCCUUCCUCUUCUACGACUACUGCGGACUCCGUCGCCGACCGGGAAAAACGCGGCAAGGAGUUCGCCCUAGCGCUCCGCACCGAGAUUGCAGAUCUCAUCAUGGGCUCCGAGGAUGCUGCCAAGGGUGCUGAGGCUGCCGCCGUGAGGAUCCAGGCGUUGAGGGAGUUGGCGGGUGUGUGGAAGGGGACGGCCGAGGAGAAGGCGCGGAUCAAGUUCGUCGAGAGUUUGGUCAAGCUGGCUGAGGAGAAGCAGAGGGAGUAUGUGCAGAUGCACGUCCAGCAGCAGCAGCAGCAGCAGCAGCAGAGGCCCAGGCCGGGGCGAAGUGGGAGCGGGAGUGUCAAGAGGGAGGUACCGGCUGUGCAGGCGCAGCAGCAGCAGCAGCAGCAGCAGAAGAGUAGUGGAGGCUUCUUGGACAAUUUACAGAGAAUCAGG